AUGGUUCUGGAUUACCGAUCCACGACGCGCACUAAGUUAUGGUACGACGCUAGAAUACGAAAAGUCUACAAGCUAUUAUACACUAACAUUACCGCUGCAGGACAUCUAGAUAAAUAUUCAAGGAACGUUAUUAUAGGAUAUCAGCGGAGCGGUAUAUUCGCCUACUAUGUCUCUGUUAGAGAUAACACUCAAUCUGCCUUUAUAGAGACCCCUGCUAGAGAUGCCUUACUCAAGCUUGCUUGCAACUCGAGCCUAACACGGGAUGCGUCCGCACCUUAG